GCAGACAGUCUCCUGCAGGCACACGUGGCCGAAACGGAUCCAGAUGGUCGUGGCAGCGGGAGCACGGCAAAAGCAUCUGGUUGUCAAAGCCAGAGUGAGGCCGAGAUUCCUGAUGGCGAGGGCGAGCUGGCCCAAGAUCCGCAAGCUUUGCAAGAGACGGAUGGUCAAGAGAAAGAACCCUGGAGACGAUUGUGCCUGAAAGAAAAUGUUCUUGUUCAGAACUACACAAAUUUACGUGAGCUCACGGAAGCCAUCCUGGGCGAAGCGCGUGACCCUGGCGUAUACACGUUCAAACAGCAGCAGCGUAAAGGCAGCCUGCAAUGUCUGGCAUGGUGCAAGCCUGCAGCUUGCUUGGACUGCAGCAGAGAAGUUAUGGCUUGCUAUAGUGGCAACAAUCUCGAGAUUCUUGCUCGGGGCAAGCGUGGCACGCUGCAGAAACCCACAGGAGGUGCUUUGUUUACGGUUGCUGAAGUGUUUGCCAUAGAGAAGCAUAUGCAGGAAGGUGGCCAGAUGACAGCUCCGCAGGUUCGGCAAGCUUUGAAGAAGGAGAAGUUGGCGCUGCGCUGUACCGCUCGCCAGCUGGCCAAUAUUAUGUGA